AUGCACCACUGCACACGAUAUCUAUCUAUCUAUCUAUCUAUCUAUCUAUGUUCAUAUUUAUUUCACUCUUUUCCUAUCUAUACCACUCACUUAAUAUCUAUAGUAGUCUCUUCAUAUCUAUCUAUCUAUCUAUCUAUCUAUCUAUCUAUCUAUCUAUCUAUCUUCAUAUUUAUCAAACUCACUUUUUUCAUAUCUAUACUCUCACUUAAUAUCUAUAGUAGUCUAUUCAAUAUCUAUCUAUCUAUCUAUCUAUCUAUCUAUCUAUCUAUCUAUCUAUCACAUUUUGUUCAUAUUUAUCUAUCAAUCUUUUUCUAUCAAUACCAGUCUCUUCAUAUCUAUACUAAUCACUUCAUAUCUAUCUAUCUAUCUAUCUAUCUAUCUAUCUGUCAUAGCUAUCUAUCUAUCUAUCUAUCUAUCUAUCUAUCUAUCUAUCUAUCUAUCUAUCUAUCUAUCUCAUUUCGUUCAUAUGCAUUUAUUUCAUUUCAUAUCCAUAUAAGACUCUUCAUAUCUAUCUAUCUAUCUAUCUAUCUAUCUAUCUAUCUAUCUAUCUAUCUAUCUAUCUAUCUAUCACACUUUUCUUUUCAAUCAAUCUAUCUAUCUAUCUAUCUAUCUAUCUAUCUAUCUAUCUAUCUAUCUAUCUAUCUAUAUAUAUAUAUAUAUAUUAAAACCUCGAAUGUCUUUCACUGUUCGAAUAACUCUUUGUGUGAUAAUUUCACCCAAUAUAAUAUUUAUACUAAUCACUUCAUAUCUAUCUAUCUAUCUAUCUAUCUAUCUAUCUAUCUAUCUAUCUAUCUCAGUCUUUUCAUAUCUAUCUAUCUAUCUAUCUAUCUAUCUAUCUAUCUAUCUAUCUAUCUAUCUAUCUAUCUAUCUAUCUAUCUAUCUAUCUAUCUAUAUGGUUUCGUGUCGUGUGCAUGUGUAUAG